AUGGCCACCGUCACCACCAAGACUGGCCAGGCGGUCGAUCGCCUGGUCCUGGAUUCAAUGCUCCGCCGCCGCAUGUUCUACACCCCCUCCUUCGAGAUCUAUGGUGGUGUGUCUGGUCUUUACGACUAUGGCCCACCCGGCACCGCCCUGAUCGCCAACAUGACUGAGUUGUGGCGCAAGCACUUUGUGCUCGAGGAGGAUAUGCUCGAGGUUGACUGCACCAUGUUGACCCCUCACGACAUUCUCAAGACCAGUGGGCACGUGGACAAGUUCGCCGACUGGAUGUGCAAGGACCCCAAGACUGGCGAGAUCUUCCGUGCCGACCACCUGGUGGAGGAAGUUUUGGAGAACCGCUUGAAGGGUGACAAGGAGGCUCGUGGCCAGAAGGUCGAGGUUGACGCCGAGAAGGAGGCCAAGAAGAAGAAGAAGUCCAAGGGCGAGACCAAGGCUGUCAAGCUCGACGAUGCCCUCGUCAAGGAGUACGAGGAGACUCUUGCGCAGAUCGACAACUACGACGGUCCCGAUCUCGAGAAGCUUAUCGCCAAGUACGACAUUCGCAACCCCGCUACCGACGGCAAGGUCGAGCCCCCCGUCGCUUUCAACCUCAUGUUCCAGACCUCCAUUGGUCCCAGCAGCAACAUGCCCGGUUACCUUCGUCCCGAGACCGCCCAGGGUCAGUUCCUGAACUUCCAGAAGCUGCUCGAAUUCAACCAGCAGGGUAUGCCCUUCGCCUCUGCCUCUAUUGGCAAGUCCUUCCGUAACGAGAUCUCCCCCCGCGCUGGUCUCCUGCGUGUGCGUGAGUUCCUCAUGGCCGAGAUUGAGCACUAUGUCGACCCCGAGGGUGGUAAGAAGCACCCUCGCUUCGUCGAGGUCAAGGAUGUCGAAAUGUCUCUGCUGGACCGUAACGUCCAGCUGUCCGGCAGCACCAAGACCACCAAGAUGACCAUCGGUCAGGCUGUCGAGACUGGUCUGGUCGACAACGAGACCCUGGGUUACUUCCUGGCCCGUAUCCAGGCUUUCCUCCUGAAGCUGGGCAUUGACUCCAACAAGCUGCGCUUCCGUCAGCACAUGGCCAACGAGAUGGCCCACUACGCCGCUGACUGCUGGGAUGCUGAGCUGCAGACCAGCUACGGCUGGAUUGAGUGUGUCGGCUGUGCUGAUCGUAGCGCUUACGAUCUGACUGUGCACAAGAACAAGACUGGUGCUCCUCUGGUCGUCCGUGAGACUCGUGCCGAGCCCCUGCGCAUUGAGGAGUGGCAGGUCGAUGUUGAGAAGAAGAAGUUCGGUCCCCGCUUCAAGAAGGAUGCCAAGACCGUUGAGAACGCUAUCGAGGCUCUGUCCCAGGAGCUGCGUGAGAAGCUGUCCCUGGACCUUGAGCAGCAGGGCAAGAUCGAGAUCGACGUUGAGGGUGUUGGCUCUGGCAAGGUCGAGAUUGAGAAGGAUCUGAUCCGGAUUGAGAAGCGCACUCGUGUUGAGAAUGUCCGCGAGUACACUCCCAACGUUAUUGAGCCGUCCUUCGGUAUCGGUCGUAUCAUGUACAGCAUGAUCGAGCACGUCUACUGGUCCCGUGCUGGCGAUGAGGCCCGCGGUGUCCUCUCCUUCCCCCCAUCCAUCGCCCCUACCAAGGUCCUGCUGGUGCCUCUCUCCACCAACGCAGCCUUCAAGCCCCUGACCCAGAACCUGAGCAUGAAGCUGCGCCGUCUGGGUGUUUCCAGCCGUGUGGACGACUCUUCCGCCAGUAUUGGCAAGCGUUACGCUCGUAACGACGAGCUGGGUACUCCCUUCGGUAUCACCGUCGACUUCCAGUCUGUCAAGGACAACACCAUCACCCUGCGCGACCGUGACACGACCAAGCAGGUUCGUGCCAGCGAGGAUGAGAUUUUGCAGGCUGUCAAGUCUCUCGUCGAUGAAGACGAGACCUGGGCCGAUAUUGUCAAGCGUCUGCCCGAGUUCACUGGCCAGGAGAUCGAGUAA